AUGUCCGCCGAAAAGUCCGAUGGCGCGUCGAUCGAGAAGAUCGACUUUGUCAUCAACACCACCGAGAACAUCACGCCUGCAGCAAUCCAAGCACGUUUCACAACGCUAUGCGAUCUGGAUGAGGACCAGAUGGCUGCGCUGAACAAGCGUGUCCUCCGAAGAAUCGAUUGGCGCAUGAUGCCCACGAUUACGAUCAUGUUUCUACUCAACAACACUAACCAUCAUCUANGCUACCUUGAUCGUAUCAAUGUGUCCAACGCUCGUCUUGCCGGUCUCCAGGAUGACCUUGGUAUGAGCGAUACCGUCUGGAGUGCUGGUAUCUCGACCUUUUAUGUUGGUUACCUUGUUGGUCAAUUGCCGGGCAACUUGGUUUUGGCAAAGUUCAAGCCGAGCAUAAUUCUUCCUGCCAUGAUGAUCGGCUGGAGCAUCUGUACUAUCACCAUGCCGGCAGUCACAUCUGACUUCUUCAUGGCGGAGAAUCCAACUCGCAUGGCUGUCUGGCACGCUGGUAACACAAUCUCCAACAUCAUUUCGGGCUUCCUUGCUGCAGGUAUUCUCCAGCAUAUGGGAGGAGUUUCAGGACUCUAUAGCUGGCAAUGGUUCUUCAUUAUCGAAGGUGCAAUCAGUAUUCUUGUUGGUAUCAUCGCGUUCUUCACUCUGCCAGAUUGGCCUGAGAAUACCAGAUGGCUCUCGGAGGAGGAGAGAGAAAUGGCUCAAUACCGCGUCAUUGUCUCUAAUGGAGGCAAGGAAGAGCAGGUCGGCGGUACUUGGGACGGUCUCAAGGAUGCUUGCAAAGACCCUUUCACCUGGAUGUUCUGUGGCAUGCACUUCAGUCUGAUCAACGCCCAGUCCUUCAAGGAUUUCUUCCCCUCGACAUUCGGCUUCGGCCAGCUGGAAACCUACCUCGUACAAGCUCCUCCAUACGCCAUCGCAUAUAUCAGUGCCUGCGCGCUCGCCUGGAGCUCUGGCAGAUUCAGAGAAUCCUGCUACCACAUCAUCAUCCCCAUCGUUGCCUCCGCCGUAGGCAUCGCCGUCAUGAUCUCGACCGAAAACGUCGGUGCCCGCUACUUUGGCGCCAUCCUACUUGUCAGCGGAACCUACAACGGUCUCAACUUGCAGCUUUCCUGGGAGACCACUCUUGUACCUGCUCCGCGCAGUAAGAAAGCAGCACUGAUCGCUAUUGCCAAUUGUAUCAGUCAAGUCUCGCAUUGGUAUUCUCCUUACUUUUUCCCUAGGAGCCAGGAACCUUUUUACAGAUUGGGUGGUGGGUUGAUUUUGUUUGGGUGCUUGUGCACUGUACUUCUUGCAUGGGCCGUCAAGUGGAGGGCCAAGAAGUUGAACAAGAAGCUCGAUGAGGCAGAGGGUUACAGUGAGCACAGCGGUGUUGAGCGCGGCUGGAGAUAUGUUUACUAG